GUUCCGUCCGAGUCGACACGAAAACUAUCGAAACCGGGCGCCAUAUUGUAUUGUCAAAUUUUGUGACGCUGGUGAUCUGGUUGCUUUGUGAUAUUACUUGAUUUUUUGAUUGUACUAAAAUAAAAUAAACAAAUUUCUGUGGUUUAUCAGUGGAGGGGCAGGGUUUGCUUUGGCGCAUCCUGUAAUCCACCAUGAGCUAUCAAAUACCGUCAUCUCAAAGCCGUACCAUGUCCCACAGCAACUAUGGUGGUUCCGAUGUUCCGAUGGCUCCAAGCAAGGAGCAGCAGACGCUUAUGUGGCAGCAGAAUUCCUAUUUGGUUGAUUCUGGUAUCAACUCUGGAGCUGCUACUCAGGUUCCCUCACUUACUGGCAAGGAAGAUGAUGAGAUGGAAGGCGAUCAACUCAUGUUUGACUUGGACCAAGGAUUCGCUCAGGGUUUUACCCAGGAGCAAGUGGAGGACAUGAACCAGCAGUUGUCGCAAACGCGAUCUCAGCGCGUGCGCGCGGCUAUGUUCCCCGAGACCCUGGAGGAAGGCAUCGAGAUCCCAUCUACUCAACUGGAUCCUGCACAGCCCACUGCUGUCCAGCGCUUGGCUGAGCCCUCGCAGAUGCUGAAGCAUGCUGUUGUUAACUUGAUUAAUUAUCAGGAUGACGCUGAUUUGGCUACCAGGGCUAUACCCGAGUUGAUUAAACUCCUCAAUGAUGAAGACCAAGUGGUUGUAUCUCAAGCUGCCAUGAUGGUACACCAGUUGUCCAAGAAAGAGGCCUCCCGCCACGCGAUCAUGAACUCUCCGCAAAUGGUGGCCGCGCUCGUCCGCGCUAUAUCCAACAGCAACGAUCUGGAAACCACCAAGGGUGCCGUCGGGACCUUGCACAACUUAUCUCAUCAUCGUCAAGGUCUACUUGCUAUCUUCAAGAGUGGAGGAAUACCGGCUUUGGUGAAGCUACUCAGCUCUCCUGUCGAAGCCGUACUGUUCUACGCUAUCACGACUCUCCAUAACCUUCUAUUGCAUCAGGACGGUUCAAAGAUGGCCGUGCGCCUAGCUGGAGGCUUGCAGAAAAUGGUGGCUCUUCUACAGAGGAAUAAUGUCAAGUUCCUAGCUAUUGUGACCGAUUGCCUUCAGAUCUUGGCUUAUGGGAACCAGGAGUCAAAACUGAUCAUCCUUGCGUCUCAAGGGCCCAUCGAAUUGGUGCGAAUCAUGCGCUCUUACGACUACGAAAAGUUGCUGUGGACUACCUCCAGGGUUUUGAAGGUGCUGUCUGUGUGCUCGAGCAAUAAGCCGGCGAUAGUGGAGGCGGGCGGCAUGCAGGCGCUGGCCAUGCACCUGGGGAACCCCAGCGGCAGACUCGUGCAGAACUGUCUCUGGACUCUCAGGAACCUCUCAGAUGCUGCUACUAAGGUGGAAGGGCUGGAAGCCCUGCUGUCGAGCCUGGUGCAGGUGCUGGCGUCCACCGACGUCAACAUCGUCACGUGCGCCGCCGGCAUCCUCUCCAACCUCACCUGCAAUAACCAGCGGAACAAGGUGACAGUGUGCCAAGCGGGCGGAGUGGACGCCCUCGUGCGCACGGUGGUGUCGGCGGGCGACCGCGAGGAGAUCACGGAGCCCGCCGUCUGCGCGCUGCGACACCUCACGUCCCGGCACGUAGAGAGCGAGAUGGCACAGAAUGCUGUGCGUCUGCACUAUGGCCUGCCUGUGAUAGUGAAGCUGCUGCAGCCGCCGUCGCGCUGGCCGCUGGUGAAGGCGGUGGUGGGGCUCGUGCGCAACCUGGCGCUGUGCGCCGCCAACUACGGCCCGCUGCGCGACCACGGCGCCGUGCACCACCUCGUGCGGCUGCUCAUGCGGGCCUUCAACGACACGCAGCGGCAACGUUCUUCAGUGUCCGGCAGCGGCGGCACAGGCGGCGCGUACGCAGACGGAGUUCGUAUGGAGGAGAUAGUGGAGGGCGCCGUGGGGGCGCUGCACAUCCUGGCCAGAGACAGCCUCAACAAACAGCUGAUCCGCCAGCAGAACGUUAUUCCGAUAUUCGUGCAACUGCUCUUCAAUGAGAUCGAGAACAUACAGCGCGUGGCGGCCGGCGUACUCUGUGAGUUGGCGGUGGACAAAGAGGGCGCCGAGAUGAUAGAAGCUGAGGGCGCUACAGCCCCGCUCACCGAACUGCUGCACUCUAGAAAUGAAGGCGUGGCGACAUACGCGGCCGCGGUGUUGUUCCGGCUCUCCGAAGACAAGCCGCACGACUACAAGAAGCGGCUGUCCAUGGAGCUGACCAACUCCCUGUUCCGCGAGGACCCGCAGAUGUGGCCCGCCGACCUCGCCAUGCAGCCGGACCUGCAGGACAUGCUGGCGCCGGAACAGGGCUACGAGGGGCUGUACGGCACGAGGCCCUCCUUCCACCAGCAAGGCUACGAUCAAAUCCCGAUAGACUCGAUGCAGGGGCUAGAGAUCGGCAGCGGGUUCGGCAUGGAGAUGGACAUCGGCGACGAGGGCGCCGCCGCCGCCUCCGCCGACCUCGCCUUCCCCGAGCCGCCGCACGACAACAACAACGUGGCCGCCUGGUACGACACCGACCUGUGAUCUCUGAUUGCGCUGCUGAUACGUCGCCCAUUUUGUUUUGCAAACUCGUAUCGAAAUGCCGUCUCGAUUGUAGUGAAAAACGCGAUUUUAUUGCCGACUUUUUGAUUCAAGUUUUUAGCCGUAUAUAUUUCAAUCGCUAUAGGUGUACAUCAUAUUCAAUUUCAUAUACCUAAUGGCUAGUUUUUUGCGAUUAUAUACCCUACAUAAAUCGAAUGACUUACAUAUCUACUCUUGCAAAUCAAUAUGAGUGCGAUUGUAUCUCUUACGUAAGACUGGACGACUUCACCGCGAUGUUGUUACAAAAGUUAAGUUUCCUCUAACUAUAGGUUUUCUCUGUUUAGGGGUAAUGCCAUGUAUUAGUAAUUUUAAGGAUUAUUUCGUACAUUACAAAUUUAAGUUCUCUAUAUUGAGCUUACGAUUUAAAUUUCAAAUUUUGCAGAUAGUCACGCUAAUGUACUACAUCAUAAUUUCCAAAUCACGCUAAGCUCGUCUUAAUGUAGAAUGGAGAUUAAAAUUAAAGAAAGUCAGCAAAAUUUGAACUUUAUUCCGUAGUAGUAAGUCCCAAUUCGACAAAGCAAUGGUCACGAGGAAAAUUAAUUGAACACAUAAAACCUGUGAUACACAAGCAGCAUACCAAUAUCCCGAAUAAUUUCUACUUAAAAAUCAUAAUAACAUAAAAUUUUGACUGAUGUUUAUGCCGAGAAUGAGUUUUUACUUUCCAAUUGGUGCUAGAUUAAGAUUUUAUUAAAGUGAAUUAUCGGGAGGAGAUUUCUAACGCCCUGCAUUGAUUAUAUCGAUGUUUUGUACGGCAACGUAUGAAAUGCGUAUAAUCGGAGAAUAGGGUAAACUUAUUUUAAGAUUUUUAUAGGCUUUAAAAUCGUAUUUCAUAGUUCUCUGUGUAAUUGAAAUUAUAUUCGCAUUUACAGAGUAUUGAGAUUUUUGAUUAUUUUAUGAUUAUAGCAAGAUUCAAGUGCUUUUUUUGUUAUUAUGACAAUUUGUAUGAAUCGUUUAUUUGAAUGAUGGAAAAUGUAUAAGACUGUUCGAUACGCAUGUUUUUUUUUAAAGAAUGAUGAAAACGAAUCCUGUCAUUUUAUAUUAACUGAUAUGUUUUAUCGUGGAUGCCAAGAUACGAAUGUAUUCGAUUGUGACUUUUUUAUUGACUUACUAUAGUUAGGUGGAACUAAUGUUCGCCGAGUAGUUAUAAGUAGAGGAUAUUCGAUAAAGCCAUCAAACGCUAUGUAUUUAUUUCUAUAAUUUUUGUUCGUACUACUGUUUCUGUCAGUAUCAUAAAAUGUAAAUGUAUUUGCCAGAGUUUGUAACAAACGUUCUGGAAAAACGAUUUUAAAACCACUUUUGCAUAUUAGGACUGACAACCAUCCUACACUCUUUCUAGCUUUAGUAAUUACAUUUUCCUGUCUAAAACUAGUGUAUUGUCGUAAAAAAUACAAAUGAUUGUAUUCUACAUCACGUUUUAAUACUUUUUACGUUUACCAUGAAAUAUGUAGUAGGUACUGCACAUAAGGUAUUGGAAUUAGAUGCACUCGCCAACAUACAUACCCACCCAUAGAAAAUGUAUAAUUUACAAUAUAAUCUUAGCGUAAGCAUAGAAAUAAUUACGUAAUGUUCUCGUAGGUAAUCCUAAAAAAUUUUUUUAUUAACUAACUUUGCCAAUGUUUUUAUUAAAUUAUAAUGAAGACAGUGCCGAAGUUUGUGAUUUUGUGUCCAUUUAUGUAUGGAUAAUAAAUUAAUUUAAUUA